AUGCUAUCUAAAGCUCAACUGCGGCGCAGCUCUGGCCGCAAGCACGACCAGCAGAGGCAGUGGGCGGAGGCUGCUCUGUUGGAGUGGGAAGAGGUGUGCCACAGCUGGGAGGCCCAGUUCCCUGAAGAGCACCGCGAGCUUGACAAGCAGUGGGAGCGGGGCCAUCAAGGCAAUGGAUACGGGAGUCUGUGGAGCAGGAGCAGCAGGAGCUGGAGCAAAUGUGCGCGCCUGGCAGUGGCAGCGGCGUUGCAUGGCUGUGAGGCGGUGCUGCUCAGCCAUGAGGAGACAUGUCGUGGCUUGGAGGCCCAGCUGGUUGAGAAACACCAAGAGGUGGAGGUCGCGCUGCGUGGCCUGGAGGAGGCGUGCUGUGCCCUGGAGGCCCAGCUGGCCCCGGAGUGCGGCGAGCUAGCCACCUACCCAGAGCAGCGUAAGCUGCUGUACGAGUCCCUGGAGCGGGAGUUGCUGUGUAGGGCCGCCCGCCCCUGUGAGCAGGAGGCCCCGUGGCAGUACCAGUCUUCCCCACAACACCAGGCCCCCACUAAGCGGAGUAGGAAGAAAGGGCCGGGGCCAGGAGAGCUGCACCGCCAGAAGUCUCCAGCAGCCCCGUGCGCUGGCUGUCCACAGAGAAGGGAGCCUGGCUGUGGGAGUCGCUGGAAACAGCAGAGCUGCCAGGGAGCUGGAGGCUUCCAGGGAUCAGACUUCACUAUAUGCGAACCUGGGGUGAUCCACAGACGAGAGGCACCUGGGGUGAUCCAUAGAGGAGAGGCACAUGGGGUGAUCCACAGACGAGAGGCACACUGGGUGAUCCACAGACAAGAGGCACCUAGGGUGAUCCACAGAGGAGAGGCACAUGGGGUGAUCCACAGACGAGAGGCACCUGGGGUGAUCCACAGACGAGAGGCACAUGAGGUGAGCCACAGACGAGAGGCACCUGGGGUGAUCCACAGACGAGAGGCACGCUGGGUGAUCCACAGACGAGAGGCACGCUGGGUGAUCCACAGACGAGAGGCACAUGGGGUGAUCCACAGACGAGAGGCACAUGGGGUGAGCUACAGACGAGAGGCACGGUGGGUGAUCCACAGACGAGAGGCACCUGGGGUGAUCCACAGACGAGAGGCACCUGGGGUGAUCCACAGACGAGAGAUACCUGGGGUGAUCCACAGACGAGAAGCACCUGGAGUGAUCCACAGACGAGAGGCACAUGAGGUGAGCCACAGACGAGAGGCACGCUGGGAGAUCCACAGACGAGAGGCACUUGGGGUGAUCCACAGACGAGAGGCACAUGGGGUGAGCCACAGACGAGAGGCACCUGGGGUGAUCCACAGACGAGAGGCACGGUGGGUGAUCCACAGACGAGAGGCACGGUGGGUGAUCCACAGACGAGAGGCACAUGGGGUGAGCCACAGACGAGAGGCACCUGGGGUGAUCCACAGAGGAGAGGCACCUGGGGUGAUCCACAGAGGAGAGGCAGAUGAAGUGAGCCACAGACGAGAGGCACGCUGGGUGAUCCACAGACGAGAGGCACAUGGGGUGAUCCACAGACGAGAGGCACAUGGAGUGAUCCACAGAUGAGAGGCACCUGGGUUGAUCCACGAGGGCUGUAAUGAGAGAUAAGACUAAACAAGCAACGGACAGAGGGGCAGGAAUUCAGGGUGUGACAGUACCGCCCCCCCGUGUACUCCAGACACACGAGGCAGACCGAGGAGGGGACCCAGCAACCAAACAGCAGGAUAAGAGACCAAGAGGGACACCAGAUCUAAUAAGAGAUGACAGGACAUCAGACAUGACCGGACGAGAUAUCAGACGAGGAUCUGACAGGACACAAGAUGAAACCAAGUAGCACCUGACGAGACAUCAUGGGACAAGAUGCCGGGUGGAUGUAAGCAGAGUUAGGGACUAGUGUGAGAGAUAUGAGAUGAGACAGGGAACCAUGGAUAAUAUAGAAAACAACGAACGCAACAUCGACCAAAGCAGGGCAGACAAGUGGAGAGUCAGAAACAGAAACAGAGGAACAGAAAACCAGAGGAAGACCAUAAACCUGGGAAAAGGAAAGGCAGGACAUAUGGGCAAAAACUAAAAUGGGGCAGGAGGGAACAGGGCUGAGCUAGGGGGUCCUCUGGAUCCCUGGAUGUGGGAUGUUAACCCCGGGACACGAGUCCCCCCAGACUGCGGGAGGCCAGCAGAGCCAGGUGGAGCCAAGGGUAUGGUAGGGUUGGCCCUUCUUUCUUGCAGCAACCUGGAUAGCAUAUAAUCCUAGGAAAUCCAGCAGCGUUCUAAAUGAUGUGAAGCUAUAAUGUUUAAACUCAUAAGAUAAUUACAAAAUUUAUUUCUCAAAACGGUUGUUGUGGGACUUUUAUACUUCAAACGAUCAGUUAAUGUGUAUUGAAAAAGAAAAAAACUUGCAAACAAAAUCUGUUGUUUAAUUUAUAAUAAACAUACUGCUAUAUUCUAUACAUUUUAAAUGCUUGAGCAGAGGCAGUGGUGGCUUGAUAUUUAGGGAAGCGCAAUUGAAAAAUUGUAGAUUUGAAUCCCCGACCAGCAACAUACUGAGCAAGGUACCACCCACAAGCACUGCUCCCCGGGCGUUGAAUUAGCUGUCCCCUGCUAUGUCACAUAUGAGAUAAAUGCAGAGAACUAAUUUCAUUUUUGUGUGCUGUGGUGUGAUAACUAAUCAGUAAAUCCUAAAAAAGAUCAUCAAAAUCACUAAAUGGGAUAUUUAAAAAAAAAAUUGAAAAGCUAUUAUAAGAGCAAGUUUAUGUAUCUUGCUGGAAAACCUUCAUGUGGUUUAUUUGGCACUGGUUCAUAUUGUUUCGGGCCAACUGUAUUAUACCUAUGUUCGAAUUGUAAUUGCUUCGUUGAUUUGAGAGAAUGAUAAAGAGAUAGCGAGUAACCUUUCAGUGAACAAAAAAUUCAUUCACAAAGUCUCUCUUGAUUGCUCUGUUAGACAUAAAAGUAAAGAAAAAACAGAAGCUGUUAUGCAAGAUUCUGGGAAGUUGUCAUGUACAACAAGGAGAGCAAACAACAUUCCAGACGAUGGAUAAUAGUGCGGCUUGAUUAGUCCUCCAGUGCUGCUUGUGUUGGUGAGUCAGUACCCACACUCUGUCUUGCUCUGUCUUCCUGACUCAGCCGCUACCCCCACCACACCACGGCAGCAUGUGACACCAUGGUUAGCAUUAGGAUGCUGUGGCGCUGAUGGGGGAGAGCUGAGGGCACCCAUGCAGCCGUCUCACUGGCUUGCUGCUGUUGUUUCCAACGCAAUGCAGCCGCCACAUUUUCCCCCCAGUCUUUCCAUUGGACCUUAGAAACCGUGAUGACUCAGGCCCCUCCGGGCUUCUUAGUUGUUGUCAAUGUUAUAAAACUCAGUUUCUCAGCAAAUUGCCAUAAUGUUAAUUAGGCACAGUAGAUAGGACACAUGUGGCAGGUUCUGUGUAACGUUUUCCAAAUGAGGUAGUCUGGGUGCAGAGAAUUGCCAACACAGAAAUAAAAAACCUAUUUCAAAAAUGGAAUAUGACAAUGUUCCCCAGGCAAACUGAAUCACUCUAUGGUAACAUGAUUCAGACGUAGCGUGCGGUUUUCUGCUUUAAGCAAUUUCUCCAUGCUUGGUCAGCAUGCCAUAUGACCCGAGCGAUACAUCGUAAAGGUUUUACACUCUGCUGCAGUAAUCUGAUUAGGACUGGUGACUUUAACAGAAGUGACGUCAACGCGACAGCUAGCUAACUCUAGCUAAGGUUCCAGAUGGCUUUUGUAUUUAGCAGGCGUUCUUAGCUUGCAUGGUCUGAGGGGAGGGUUAGCCAGCUGGUUCUGGAAAAAGAAAUCCCAAUGCUGUUUAACUGUCAUGUCAAUUAUAGGUUUGUGUUUUCCUUCCCCUCUUGCCUUCUGGCUGUGUUCAAGCUGCUUAUCUGAAACUUUAAUGAUAUAAAGGCUUCUUCAGCCUACCUGAAAUACUGUAGUUAUUUCUGUUUUGCGUGAACCUGCAAUGUAGACACUAGACUAGUAGUACUAAAUAACUGUCCUGGGAAAGGCCUUAUAUCAAAAUGGGUUGAAAUAAGUUGAAGUUAACACAUUCAUGUUAUUGUAGAGGGGCAUCCUAAAUGUUAUGUUAUUCAAUUUUUUAUAAAGGAUCAACCAAAGGAAUAAUCUUGGAUAUUCUACACUUGGUCUCUGAAGAGCUGUUUUUUCAGUAUGUUUUUUUCAGCUAAAGCCCUUAAUUGCUGGAUGGAGUAAUUAUUUGCAGAAUAAAAGCCCAGGAGCUUUAGGUGGCAGUCAGACAUCAGUGAAGAGAUGCUCCAGCUGCUUCAUAAAGCAGGACCCCAAACCUCUUCUUGAGUGACUCUGUUAAGCACCACACAUGCCAUACUAAACAAGUACACAUUCACUCUGUAAAGUGAUGCAAUGUCUAUUUGUAACAAAUACAUACUUAUGUGCUUUUGCUCUGACAUGACAAGAAAUUAGUGUGCAUUCGAACCUUUAUAUGGGUAAUGUGUGCUUCUUUUGCAGCAUAAAGGAUAAAAUGCAUGGACUUAUCCUGACA